CGAUAAGAAAGAACAUGUUCCUGGUUGUCAAGGCAGUGGAAACUGUCUUUGGAGACCACCGGAGUAAGGUGAAGGUGGCUGUUCUUGGUUUCAUCAAGGAACUGUUCAGCUCUGGUGUCGAGAACUGUUCGGCCUGGGGUCUGGUGGCCUAUGUUUUCAGGGAGUUCAGUCGGGCCACCAGCAGACUGGAGACAGGAAACCUCUCUGAGAGGGAAGCAGUGGCAGAGACCGCGCUUCAAACUCUCUGCUUACAUGUCCUCGACACCCUGGACGUCUCAGCAAGCGGCAUGACAAGACUCCUAUGGCCAAGGCUCCUCCAGUUCGUAGUGCCAGCUCAGUACACUGGCACUCUGGUCCCACUCUCCCGCUGCCUCAGGGAGCUCGUGGAGAGACAGGAGAGAGCAGAAGAGAAGGAGGAACCCAAUUACCUGUGCUACCAAGAACGCGCCAAACUGCCAACUCCCCAGGCUCUGCUGGUACGUCUCCUGGUGCUUGCUUGCUCUCCUUAUGAAGGAGGUGGCCAUGGAGCUGUUGCCCUGCAGCUGCUGAAGACCCUUCACAGGGCAAUUCACAGAGCGGUGGGGAUUCCCUGGAUGGCCCAGAUCCCUUCCUUGCUGCAGUACCUUGAAGGAAAAGAUGAGAGCUCCCUGGACUAUGCAGAAUGGGAGUGCCGUCUGCUGCAGUUCCUGAGAACAUCUCUGGAAGCCAUAAAGAAUGAGACCUGGAAUAUGAAGCUGAAUGGCGAGUUAACUCAGCAGAUGGCCCACUAUCCAAACUUUUCCAAGGAGAAGAAUUUCCUCUAUAAGGCUGUGGGGGGAGCACUGGCAGCGUCUCAGAACAUCAGCUACAUUGAAGAACAGCUGCAGAGCUACUUGGAAAGAGUCAGACGUCUGGAACCUUCUGAGAGAGAGGGACCGAUUUCGGUGUUAGCAUCCUCUGCUGAGGGCCACUUCGACCUGGCCUUGAAGACAGUCCACGACUUUGCUGCUGCUGGGGAGAAUAGGAGACUUCCUAGGGUCUUCACCCUCCAGAAGGAGCACCAGAAGGAGAACGGAGCAAAGACAGCUGCUGCUGUCAUGCUCAUCUACAGUAAAAUAGCACUCCAUGCACCCAAGCAGCAGCUUCUUGCCCGGGUCGAGACGGACAUUGUAGAGAACAUCCUGUGCCAGUACAGAACCAGCCCUCAGGACACAGAACUCAAGCUGGCCCUAAUCCAGAGUGUCACAGAAGUCAGCUGCGCCCUUCAAGGCGUUGGCACCUGUGAGAACUUCAGCUUUGCUUCGAAGAGGGUGCUGCUGGAGCUUGUGCUGGACUUCAUGAAGCAGGAGCCCCUGGAUUGCGUGGCUUCUCCCGUUCGCUACAGGGCAAUUCUUGCGGUGGAGCACUUGAGCAAGAUCAAGCCAUCUCUGACCCAGAAGGAAAACUGUCAUCUUCUUCAGGAGUGCUUCCGAAGCCUAUUUCCCCUUCCUCCCCUUGAGCAGACAAAAGAAGGGGAGGCAGCAGAUGAUGCUGAGCAUGCAGAGGCUCUCUAUACACGAUCCCUGGAAGCUCUUGCUCGCCUCAUGACAAGUCUUGAGGAAGAGCUGACCUUGUCAUGGCUCAAGGAAACCUUUCACCUCCUAGAGGCCUGGCUCCGUUCUGGGAAAGAGUGGGAGAGAGAGAGGGCCCUUUAUGCCUGCACUCAUCUGCUAAAGACUUACACCGAGAGACUGGAGGAUGCUAGAGAAAACUCUUCUGAGCAGUUUGGCUCCAUGAUUGGAGUGCUGGGGCCUCUCAGCUGUGACUCCCUGGCCACAUCACGCCAGCGGGCAGUCGACUGUAUCAGCUGCCUUCUCUCAACACAAGGCAAGGUUAUGCACACAAGGGAAGUGGAUCUGAAUCACUUCUGUGAGGAGCUGAUGGCCGCAGAUGUGGAUUCGCUGCUGAGGACCUCUUCCAAAAUCGCAAAGGUUGCAUGCAAAUCCUUUUGCUCAGAGCAGGCAAGAGGCUUUCUGAAGGCUGUCCUGGGCAGCAUGCUGUCCUUCAGCCCCACUUGUGCUCGGGCAGCAGGCGAGUGGAUGCUCAUCUUCCUGAAGGAAUGUGGAAGAGAAAUGUUGCUGGAG